CUUUGUUCGACGUCAACUAGGUACUAGAAAUGACCAUACAUAUCCACUCUUGCUGGCUAUUGUUGAAGGGUUUGGACCCGGUCCCUCACGUAGAUGGCGCUGGAAUUUUGGCCGCAAUUGCAAGCCGUAAACAGUAGAUAUUGCGCCUUAUUGUUUCUCUCUUAUCCGCUCUACUGAAGCCUGGGCAAACGGCGCCAGGGGCAACCAGUGUGGCCCUGGCAGGCUGAGAUGCACAUAGCAAAUGCCCGGUGAUCCAGCCUUGGAGCAGUCGGGAGCUAUCGGAAGUAAAAGACGGCGCUUAAGCGCUGAUGAUGGCGACGGGCCGGCUGCAAAGAAGUCCUACUCUGACGCCGAAAUAGCCGCUGAACUUGCCCACGGUCUGCACAUCAAGGAGCAAAGACGCGCAGAGGUCCGAGCCCUCUACCUAAACUAUGGAACUCUCCUCAAAGGCAGCGAGACUGCAAGCGAGGCCCUGGCCUUCCAGGGGCUGCUUCAAUGCGGAAAUGGCAGUCUGGGUGUACGUCGCCUGGCAGCCCGUCUCGUUCCGAGGUUCCUGCCACGCUUUCCAUCUCACACGGAACAAGCAUUUCACCUGUUGACAACACUGUACGACAGCGGCAGCAACAUUCAUGACAUCCAUGAGUCCGGCACGGAUGCGGGCGACAGCCACAGCCGCCGCCACCACAGCAAUCAGCACAGCCCGGUGCUACCUAACGGCAACGAAGCCAUCGGCACCGAUGCUGUGGUGGCUAGGCUGAAUACAACAACAGAUGGCACCACGGGUGCUACCGGCGAGUCCGCCUUGCGUGAGGCCAUGCGCCGUGACGCGCUUUUAGGGCUGGGCAACGUGUUGGAGGCCGCUGUACGACAACCGGAGCGCAACGUGCCCGUGGUUUCAGAGCUAGUGCUGUAUCUGAUGAGGCAGCUCCGCCUGCUUUGCUCCGGCGGCGGCGUCGACGGCCCAGUCGCCGUACAGCCCCAUGCCGACGCUAACGGCGGCGCACCGCUCGCCGCUGCCGACGGGACAGGGGUGGAACUCAAGGCUGAGCCUGCUGCAGACGGCGGCGGAGGCAAGCAGCACCCUCAUCCGCAUCAGACAGAACGCAGCUCUAGGGAGUGUGUGCAUCGCGCCGGCGGCGGUGUCGGAGAUGCCGAUGUUGGUUGCUGUCACCCUGGCACGACGGCGUCAUCGGUAGCGCUCACUGCGGCGGCAGCAGCGGACUCCGACUCGGAUGUCGGCAUUAUGCGUAGCCUGCUGUUCCGCGCCUUUUGCCUCUUCCCUCGCAUCGUGUUGGCUGCCUGCCUGCAGCCCUUCCGGCAGCAGGCCGCUGCAGCUCCUGCCUCCAACACCUCCUCCAGCAGCCAGCAACGAGUGAAGCCGCCGCAGCAGCAGCGGGACUGCCAGGCCGCUGAGCUGCUGCUGGCGCUGCUGCUGCUGAAGCGAGCAGUCCCGCUGGGGCCGCCGUCGCAUGGGUGGGUAGGUGCGGUUGGGACGGCGGCGGAGGUAGCGGUCAAGGACGCCGAAAGCGGUAAAGGACGCAUUGGGGGCCCGGAUUCGCCACCGCUGCCGCCACCUAGGAAAUGCGGCUUGGACGCGGCGGCGGCAGCGAUGAUGACGGCGGCGGGGGACACGGCAGGUGGUGGCAGUGCAGGUGCCGGUGGAAGUGCAGCGCAGGGUUGCUGUCUGGCGGAGCAGGUGUUGUCGCAGGUGCCGGACACGCAGUCGUGGCUGCGGCAGCUGAUGAAUGCGAUGAACAAGGGCAAGUCCGCUUCGUCCCUCCCAUCGGAGCUCCGAGCUCACCUCGAUGCGCUACUCCGGUUCUGCACCACACCCGCGACCACCACGACCGCAGCCGCGCCCCAUCUGCAUCUCCCGGGAUCUGCGGCGGCGGCGACUGCCGGCAAGACAUCCCCCAAGUCCUGUGCCUCACCCGGCGUUGUCGUGGGGGCCCCUGGCGCCGCAGCCGCGGCGGCGACGACACCUGCUGCUGCCGGCGUUGGCGCUGACGGCACCAGCGGCUUGCAACCUACGCCUGGGCCCGGCAGACAGCCAAGCUUUGCGAGGGCAGUGGAUACCGCCGCUGCUGCUGCUGGUACGGCAGUGGCGGCGGCGCCGCCGGCGGGGGCACCGACGACGACGACGUCCACCCACUCCUUGGUAGGCAGUGAGGAUGGCAGCAGAUCGGUACCCAUGGAUCUGGAUCAGUCGGUUUGUACGACAGUUGGGCGUCAUGAUCACGUGGGGCCGAGUGGUGGCGUUGCUUGCGGAGGGCUGGGCGACGUGCCGAUGGCGGCGGCAGCUGCGGCCGCCGCCGCUGCUGGCGGAGCCGUGUCGUACGCGUCCGGGCCGGCGGAUACGGCAGCCACCCCAGCGCCGCCGCCACCGCCGCUGCCACCGCCGCCGCCGCAUCAACAUGGCCUGGUGCACCCUGCGUACGGCGGUCAACAAGAGGCAGCAGCGGCGGGGCUAGUGCUGCCGCCGCCACCGCCUGUGCCGUACACUCAGCUUCCACCGCCACCACCACCGCCUGCGGGCAGCGCUGCCGCUGCUGGCACUGGCGCUGUCGCUGCUGGCGCUGUCGGCACUAGCGCCAGCUUGCGGGGCGGCCUGGUGUGCCGGGCGGAGGCCUGCCUUUACAUCGCCGGGUUGCCCGCUGGCCUGACGGAGGCAGCCCUGGUUUCGGAGCUCGGGCGUUCCGGACAUGUGGAGUCCGUACACCCAUGUCACCCGCAACCGCCAACUGCAACAGCCGCAGGACACCACCCCCUACUUAGCCAUCACCACCCGACCCAUGGGUCACCAGCCACAGCGCUUGGAGACGACGUCUACGUGGUCUUUGUUUCCUUACGCGAUGCAGCCAUGUGCUACGAAGCAGUGGCGCGCACCAGCCCCUUUGGCGGCAGCAGACCUCUGCUAGUGGAGUUCUGCUCCGCAUUUCCGGCCGAUAGCCCCGCCGCGCGCCGCCGCGCCGCCGCCAGCCAGUUUGUGUGGUUAUCCGCCACCGUCGGCAGUGCCGCAACACCCGAAUCCGUCGUCGCGGCGCUGCAAGAAUCCGCGCUUCCGGUGCCUCAGCAAAUCCUAAAGGUCCAGGGAAGGGCGCCUGGCAUGCUGCUGUGCAUGGCGAGCGGCGCAGUCGUGCCGCAGGUGACGGCAUGUCUGUCGGCUCGCUUCGCGCCGCCGCCGCCGGUGGCGGCGUCAGCAGCGGCGGCGACGCCGGGGCCGUCGCAGCCGCCAUUGCCGUACGGCACGCCAGGUGGAGUAGCGCCGCCGCCGCCGCCAGUGACGGCGGCGGCAGCAGUAGCUGCUAGCUGUGGUGCUCCGUACAGCGCGACGCCGGGAGCGGUGGGUAUGCCUCCCGCAGGUGGCGGCAGCAGUACGGCAGCGGUAUCUGCUGCGACUGGAGACGCGCCGCCGGCCAACUGCCGUACACUGUGGUUUGGGCAGCUGCACGAAGCUGUACGGGACGAGGAGUUGCUCUCCGCGUGUCGUACACACGGGGGCGAGCUUACCGGCUACCGCUUCCUGCGUGGCAGCCACUGCGCCUUCGUUGACUUUGCGACCCAAACAGCCGCGGAGGCGGCGAAACGAGCCAUGCAUGGAAUGCGGCUGGGGCCACAGCACAUUCGCGUGGAGUGGAAGCUGCAAGAUUCGGGGCCGCCGUCUCGAGCACCGCCAAUGAGCCGCAACCCAGCCGGAGCUGCUGGGAGCACAACACCGCCAUUGCCCGGUGGCGGCGCCGCCGCCGCCACAGCUGCCGCACCAACGCCCGGAGCAGCGGCGGGAUCCCUCCCGCUGCCGCCGCCGCCGCAUGGGGCGCCGGCGGCGGCAGCGUCGACGCAGCCACCGACGCCGCCGCCCCUGUUGGGCUCGGCAGCGGCGCAGCAGCAGCAGCAGUUGACCCCGCAGGCCUUGGCGGCGGCGUCUGUAGCGGCCGCCGCCGCUGCGGUAGCGGCGCGUGGGGCCGCGGGUUUCUCCAGCGGGCAACGAACGGGAGCCGACCGUUGGGCGCCCGCGGUCAUUCCACCGCCGGCGGCAGCCGCUACGACGCCGGCCGCGACGCCGCACCCGCCGCUGCCGCCGGCAGGCUACGGGACAUCUCAUGCGAACGCCGCCGCGGCGGCUUCAGCUGCUGCUGCUGCGACGAGCGGUCGGUCGACGCCGACACCCAUGCAGCACGCGGGAGGGAUGCUGGCUGCGGGGGUUGCAGGGUUGACGCCCGGGGGCCCGCAGCAGCAGCAGUUCGGGUUCGUGCACGCCCCUCACGCGGCUACGCCCGGCGGCGUGCCCUUGCCCCCCAACCCACACCUGCAAACGCCGCAGCUGCAAACCGGCGCAUAUCCUGGGCCGCCGAUGCAUCACCACCCGACGGCCGCGCAUCCGAACGGUCCUGGCACUGCCCUACAGCAACAACAGCAGCAGCCAGGCGCAACGUUCCCCCACAUGCAUGUCCACUCCGCGCAGCACCCGCCAGGCGAGUGGCCGCUACCGCCGCCUCCGCCGCCGUCAGUGGGCGCCGCACCCCAUGCCGUCGUGGCGCCUGGCGGCAUCCCUAUGAUAGCCGCUGCCGGCGGCGGCGGAGGCGGCCAGGCUCCCCCGCUGCAACGGUACGGAUCGGGACACCCGAUGACGUCAGCCAACCUGACAACCGCAACCUCCCUCCCAACCGCUUCGCCGCCGCUGCCGCCCUCUGACGGCGGCGUGUUACCGCCGCCGCCGCCACUGCAGCCGCCGCCGCACCCACACCCCUACCCACAUGCCACCAAUCAGGCUGGCCAUGUCAGUACUCCGCCCCAUCUGGGCACUUCCCCUGGCUUCCACUCGCCGGGCGUGGCACCAAGCGGCCCAUAUCCCCACCAGCAGCAGCAGCAGCCUCAUGGCCACCCCCACGCACCGCAUCCGCACCCCCACGCACCGCACAUGCUUGUCCAGCAGCAGCAGCAGCAGCAGCAGGUUCAACCACCGGGACACCACCACCACCACCACCACCCUCAGCACCACCACCAAUCACACCCUCAACACCAGCAGCAGCAGCACCCGCACCCGCAGCAACAGCAACCGCCAGGUCCGCAGCAGCAGCAGUCGGCAGGUGGAGCGCCUGCGGUGACGUGGCAGGGCGGGCUGGCGAAGAGCGGCUCCCACAUGUGUACGCUCCUCUGCACAUCGGGGGGCGCCAGCGCUGCAAGCGGCGCCUCACCCGGCGAGCGGGAGCCCGUCACCUGGCCCACCACCCUGGAUGUGAAGCUGCGAGUGGACCUGACGUACGUCGUACACACGCUGUACAACCACACCGCCCCGCAUGCCAGGGCUAUGCGGCGGCUGGUGCCCGCGGGUGGUUCCGACCAGCGCUCCAAGCUAUCCGAGUUCCUCUCCUACCUCGCGGAAAAGAACCGGGCAGGCGUUAUCAAGCUGGACGCAGCUGCGGGACUGCCGCCUCGCACCCUCUACCUGGUGCCCCCAAGCGAGCAGGUGUGUUCGGUUCUGGGGGCCGAAUGGACCCCGCGGGAUCCCUUCCUGCUGGCCCUGGUGGUGCCCACUGCCGGCGGAGGAGGCUCAGCAGGAGGGGCGCGGUAGCGGCGGGAGCCAGAUCCCCCCCCGUCUAUACUAUUGAGGCUUAGUAUCGAAGCUUUGUGGUUCGUCCAGGGGCUAGGGACAACCAGCAGUAGCAGCAGCGGCGGCGGCUGGGGAAGAGGCGAGGGUGGGCCGGUGUUUGAUGAUAUUGGGCGGCGUGCGAAAGUGGGAAGCCUGCAUGCGGUUGUUCGCUGAGACAGAGGCAGCGACCGGGUUGCAUGGGGAGACUGCGUGCAUGUGCGCCCCUUUGGAAGACGCAAAAGGUGCAUGUGUGUGCGUGGCAAGAGCUGCGGGCGCUGCUAAGGCGUGUCGGUGGUGCAUGUGCUGCUGGUCGCUGUUGUCACGUUGAAGGCAGCUUGUUGACCAGGAAUGGGGCAUGAAGGUGUAUGCUGCAUUGGGGGCCGAUUCGGGACGGGGCGGGGAUGUCUUCCACAGCCCAGCGCGGAUGUGGAUAUGGAUGUUGGAUGGCCCGCGGGUGGUGCUCGAACCGCUGGUUGGUAUGGAGUGUGUGGUUGGAAAGGGUUUUAAGCGACGUCGGCACCUCAUCCAUGUGGGUACUGCACAGCCCCCGUGCGCAGCCUCACGGCGGCUCGUUAAUGUGUCAAAAGGAAAGGUGCUUUGUGGGUGUCGAGUCUUGGGCCCUCCAAAGAUGUACAUCCCGAGGGUGCCCUAUCCAGUAGGGGCCAUGCCAGUGUUGUUGUUGUUGCCUGCUAUAGGUGCGGUAGGGUAUAUAGGGUGUCAAGAAGGCACCAGAGCACAGCCGGGAGCGGGAGAUGCUGCUAGGGAGAGGGGCGGGAAGGGUUUUAAGGUUCAUAGGGAUUACGGCAUGUUGCUUCCCGGCCGUCCUCCCGAUCGCCCCAGGAUACGUAUUGCUAUAAGCGCGGCCGACCAAGAUUUAUAAUACCGCGGCCACACUUUCACGCGAGGGGCACCUGGGGCUUACGAGCCUGUCCUUAGGAUUAACGCCAUAUCAAUGAAUGAUUGCACAUGUGUUUGGGGGCUCUGAAAGGUGGGCAAGAACUUUUGUGUAUUCCGUUGUGGGUGGUGCUAGGAGCGCGCAAUCGCGAUUUCUUGGUCCUAGGGUGGGGGGAUGACAUCACCCGGUGUGCGCUUGCUGCCGGGUCUUAGCUAGGAAACCCCUUUGGGCAGCUGCUUAG